ACAAUUGAAUUAAUUUUAGAAUAAGGCUGUAACGUACGAAAUGUGGAAUAAGUGAAGGUCUGAAUGCACUGUACCAAUAAGUCCUUUCAAAUGUCAAGUUGAUUUCUUCGAAAACGAUCCCACUCUUUUAUGCUCUCUUCUGCUCAUUGAGUGCUCUAGGCUGCAGUAGUGUUUUAGCUUAUUCUAACUAACAACCAGGGCUCGGUUCCGUUUUGGUCCCUAGCCCCUGUCCCUUUUAGUGUUCACAGAUCCCAAAUGGCUGGACGCAUCUAAGCGAUAUGGUUUUGGCCUGUGGACUUAUGCCUAUAGCUUUCACAUCUAUUUCUUUCAGAUCUGUGAACACCCUAGAGUAGGUAGGUGUUACGGGUUGGCCCUGGUCUUGUGCAAACAGAAGGUGGCUGUACCUGGGCUACAUUCAGGACUGUCRCAUUGGGGCGUUACACAAAGCUUUUGUCUCAUUUACCUUACCAAGUUUUCAAYAAUCUUACACCAUUGGACAGCUAUUCACUCUAGUUUUGUGAGCAUGUCAAGAAUGUGUGUUGGCUGCUAGUGACCGUUGUGUUAAGUGCACAAAACACAAUAGUCCUCCUAGUCGCCAUGCUUGUAAUGCUCUCAUGCAUUUAUGUCUGCAACACUCGGUUCUAAACCAUUCACAACUGUUGAAUGAACUUGGACAUAGCCCAGGCCUUUUGGUGACAGUGAAUCGUUAACCAGGUGUAUUGGCUCAUUGAGUGUCUGUAACUAGGUCAGGUGGUGCCCUUCUUGUGAGGUUUACAUUUACAAUGGUUUCAUUUCAGAUCCCUUUGCCUUUUUUAUAUAAAAUGCAUUGAUUUAUAAUGAAUAAAACAGUGUUCAACUUUUGACMGUCGUCCACAAUGUAUUUGGGGAGUUUAAUUAUGUUUUUGUGGUGUCAUUUUCCUGCUCUGAUUGAGGGUUGCAGUAUGGCUUUUGGGAACAUUUGGACACAACUGGGYAUCUAAUCUAACGAACCUUCUGUUCUCUGCCCCAGGCUGCUCUCUGCCCUGGUUCUUACUUUUCAAGCUAAAUAUUAGCUGUUUAAAUUAGAAAUGUAAUUUUAUUGAUUAAUUGUAGCUCUGAUAUGGCCAGAAUAUAAUGUAUUAUAGUUAGUAAGGGUAGGCAAAGUAUACUUCUCCGCUGUGGUAGGCCUGGGCUGUUUAGACAGGCAGUAUUACACAAAACAUGGUGCUCUUCCUCAUGGGUGUGUCCAACACAGAGGGGCUUUCGCUAUUGGUGGAUGUUUCUCCUGGUAACUAGCAUCAGCUGUUACCAACACACAGGACACAUGACAAUCGGAUUUAACCUGAAUAUCGAUAAACUGCGGUUUAAUACCCGUGAAUAGAGAUGAUAUGGAUUAUGCCUCCAGAAGGGGUUCGCAGCUAGCAGAGUAGGAAAUCCACAAUCUGGAGGUGAACAGCAGGAAGAAGAGUCUCACUGCCCUGGGAAAAGUGCAGAGGAGAGAAUGGGUUCAGAACUCGAUCAAUAUAAGGACCCUGUUUGCGGAUAUCUCCAGAGAGACGGUACUCUGAAGACUUUGAACCCUACGACAGCAUAGAGAUGGAGCGGUCGAGUCCACGCUCUCCUCAUAGUCCCCACUCCCGGCGAGAAUCCUKUAAGGUGUCACGUUCGUUUGGCUCCAGGGCUGAUGGCCGAGGAGGUAGCCAGGCGGAGCCUGAACAUCAAAGCGAACGUGUCCUACUCAACAUUAACGAGGUCAAGGUGCUUCGACGGAGCCUGGAGGUGAGCGUGCGGCGACGCAGCUGCAGCCGGGGGUCGGCGGGGGAGGAGUCAGACGAGGAGUGGGUGGAGGAGCAGAUUGAGAGGGAGGAGAGCACGGAGAGCCUGGAAGAGCUAGGUCUGCCUCCUUCCUCCUCCAACAAAACAUCUACUAACAUAAACCAUCCGCGAGCCACUGUGCCCAAAGGCUGCCUUCAUGACCCUGCAGACCUUAUAGUGCUGGACUUUGGGCCCUCUCCUAAAGGCCGUAAGAUCGAGCGUUCGCUGUCGGCCAAGAGGAAAGACAACCUGGAGACCUACAUACCCGCCAAGCCUCUGCUGGUGAAGAGCAAAACUCUGGACAGGCCCUCUUCAAAAGAGUGCAGGGAUGGCAGAGAUCCUCAACGGCCGUGGAAUCAUGUAGAGCGCCCCCUGUCUGCAGCAAGGAAGGCCUCCCAAGAGGAGCGCGACUCGGAGGAGCGCGACUCGGAGGAGCGCGACUCUGAGGAUACGGCGUGCAGGGUGCUCCAGGCCCUGCAGAGAGAGAACAGCCCACUGCAGAGCCCCGAGCCCAGGGCCUUCAGCCGCACCCCGGUGAUGGGAUACCAGAUGAUGAACGGCUCGCUGCGUGACGACGAUGACGACAAAGAUGAAAGUGGGGUGACCAGAGCCAUGCAGAGAGUCACCCUCAUGGAUCCCAGGCAAMAGCAGAGACUACURAAGGCGUUGGAGAAACUAGAGGCAGGCACAAACUUUGAAAUCCCUCAGACAGUGAAGACGGAUAACAGCAAACCACCGAGGAGGCGGGUCUCGGUGGAGGCACCACCCACCGUGUACGUCACCAUGGAGAUCCUGAGUAACUGGGGGAACAGGUGCCAGGUAGGGCUGACGGAGAUGCAGUUCUUCGGCCCAGGGAACAGGAAGCUGUACGUGUCGCCUCACGACCUGGACAUCCGGAAYGCCGACUACCCUGGGAACCUCGGAGUGCUAGUCAACGGGAAAGCUAAGACCACAAAGGAGUGUCAUAUGUGGACCUGUCCUUUCCAUCUUCCGGUCCAACUCUACUUCAUCAUCAGGAACACGGAGCGCUCUCCGGACUUUGGGAUAUCUCUGAUCAAGAUCUGGAACUACAACAGGAGCCUCAGUGACCUGGACGUUGGUGCCCGGCAUGUGAAUCUUUACCUCAACAGCACGCUGGUGUUUGAAGGUGAGCUGGACAAGGGCUGUGGCAACCAGAUCUUUGAUUACAGCACCAGCAUCGACCUCCAGGCACUCCAAGUUCCAGAAUCCUUCUCUCCCAGCCCAGUGGGGUCCGGCCACAGUCUGCGGGGUGCCAGCCCACAGCGCCAUGACGAGAGUGGCGUGUGGGUGGAAACCAGAGGGGAGAAUCGAGACCCCAACCACGGACUCUCUGAGGGGCUAGCUCAGGUCAGGAUAGACAUGCAGGAUAAAAUCUACAAUCCCCCCUCCCCCACAUCUACAAACUGGGACUCCUUUGACAUGGACCCUCCAGACCUGGCCCUCCCCCACCCCCCUCUGAAACAGCARCUGGAGCAGUCGGGUCAACCCACAGAGUGCACAGUCACCACCCAGCCUUCUUCCUCCAGGAGUCCCCAGUGGCUACAGCCCCUGGCCCGGAGUGCCCCUGAGGGCUGCGAGGCCGGAAGGGAGAGACCCCUCUGGCUAGUGCCCCAGCAGUCUGUGGAGCCCAAACCUCCCCUCCCCCAAUCCACCUCUACCUCGGUGCUCCCGGAGCUGGGCUGUAACCCGGGGAGGGUGUGUCGGGGGGUGGACAGGACUGUGAACGAGGGCCAGUGGAGUGCAGACUCUCUGGACCUGGGAGGUGACCUGCUGGAGGAGCUGAGUGACCAGCAGCGCCAGGACCGGCCUGUUAGUGGACGUAGGAGCUCAGGCAUGAACAACAACACUAGUAGCAGAAAACCAGCAGAGGAGCACCAGCAAGGAGCCAUUGGACCGACCACAGAGGAGCCAAGUUCAGUGUCAGGCAGCAGCAGCAAAAGGCAGCAUCGUACCCCACGGGCCACGCUCCACAGCCGGCAGGCCCAGGAUGACAACCUCAUGGAGUCCUGGAACUCCCUCACAAAGUUCAACCAGUGCCAGCGUGGUCGCAUCUCCAACAUGGGCUUCGAGGGCGACAUCUUUGACGAGUUCCUCCAGCGUUCCUCCAGAGCCGCCAGUAUCACCUCCGACCCAGCAGGCCCCCCCUGCAGCCCCUUCCCCUCCUUGUCCCACCUCUCUUCACCCGCCCCUCAAGGGGGCUUCUGCGAUGACCCGGUGGAUGACCUUUCCGCCGAGCCAGAGUUUGAGAUUCCGGUCCUCCCACGUGGUCAACGUCUGGUCAUUAACAUCCUGUCCACAUGGGGCGACCGUCACUACGUGGGCCUCAACGGUCUGGAAGUCUUCAGCUCCAGCGGUCAGCCSGUCCGGCCCGCCCACAUCCAAGCCGAUCCACCCGAUAUUAACGUGCUGCCCGCCUACGGCAAAGACCCGCGCGUAGUCGCCAACCUAAUCGACGGAAUCAACCGCACGCAGGACGACAUGCACCUGUGGCURGCGCCGUUCACCCAGGGGAUGAGUCACGUGAUCUACCUGGAGUUCGCUGGGCCAUGUCAGGUGGCCAUGAUAAGAGUGUGGAAUUACAACAAGUCCAGGAUCCACUCGUUCAGGGGGGUGAAGGAGGCUGAGAUGCUGCUGGAUGGGAGGUGCAUCUUCAGGGGAGAGAUCGCCAAGGCGUCAGGGACACUGUCUGGAGGUCUGGACCAGUUCGGGGACACCAUCUUGUUYACCACGGAUGAUGAGAUCCUGGAGGCUAUGUCGCGCUACGACGAGACGUUCUGCGGGGAGGCGGAGGGCUUCGAAGAGCUGGUGGGGUAUGAGGAGGAGCUGCAGAGGCCCCGCACGGCCGACGGAGAGGGGGAGGACAGACCCUUCACCCAGACUGGCUUCAGACCCGAGGACGACCUCGCUGGACUCCCACACCUGGGACUGACAGGGUUAGGUGUGGGGAAGGAGGGGGACAGCCUGCCUCUGGACCUGACCAUGGUGAAUGCCUUCGCCACGGGACCCAAUGACCUGCCUGAGUACGGCCAGGAAGCACACACCCUCGAUAAACUCAUUGAUGGCCACAACAUCACCACUGAGGACCAGCACAUGUGGCUGAUUCCAUUCUCCUGUGGCCAGCACCACACCCUGACGGUGAACUUUGACAAGGCCCAGACGGUGGCUGGCCUCCGCAUCUGGAACUACAACAAGACCCCGGAGGACUCCUACAGAGGGGUGAAGGUGAUCCAUGUGUCUCUGGACGAUAGGCUCAUCUCUCCAGCAGAGGGCUUCCUCAUCAGGAAGGGACCAGGGAACUGUCACUUUGACUUUGCUCAGGAGAUCCUCUUCAUCGACUUUCUCCAGACCCCCACCACUGGCCUGGUCAACAGCACAGUAGAGGACUCGGCCUACACACUCAAGCCUGGCUCCAGAAGACAGGAGCAAGCCAGCAUGGACUACGAGGCCCCCAUCAUGCCUUGUGGAUUCAUCUUCCAGCUGCAGCUGCUGACCACCUGGGGUGACCCCUACUACAUUGGCAUGAACGGCCUGGAGUUCUAUGACCAAAACAACAAGAAGAUACCCCUCAGUGACAACAAUAUCGCUGCGUUCCCAGACAGUGUGAAUGUCCUGGACAGUGUGAACGGUGACGUGAGGACUCCAGAUAAGCUGGUAGAUGGAGUGAACAACACUCAUGAUGGCAUACACAUGUGGCUAGCACCGGUACUCCCCGGACUGGUGAAUCGCGUGUAUCUCAUAUUUGACCAGCCGGUGACCGUGUCCAUGAUCAAACUGUGGAACUACUCCAAGACACCACAGAGGGGGGUAAAGGAGUUUGGGCUGCUAGUAGAUGACCUCYUGGUGUAUAACGGCAUCUUGGACAGUGUGAGCCAGGCGGCRCGGGGCAUCCUGCCCACCUGUGACCCGGCGGUGCUCUACCACACCAUCCUCUUCACCGACAACGCCCACAUUGCCCACCGUGAAAGGAACACUGUCAUCAGCAUUUAUKUGGAGGACCAAGAUGUGAAGAUGACCAAUGAGAACGAGAUAGUUCAUCACCACAAGAAGAAACAAACAGCUGAUCCAGCGCUUCGGCCUAAAACCUGCAUGACAGACACUGGGAAGCUCGGGAAAAGGAGGUACUGACAGAUGGACUGACAGGCAGAUGAUCGGACAGACGGACGUUGAUGGAGUCCCACUGGUCAAAUGGAUGGAACAGAAAUGAAAGGAUGACGGUUUACUGACAAUCUGCACUAUCCCACUCGGGGGACUAUUAACACAAAGCCUUGACCAGCUGAAAAGAACCAUUUCCAUUGCCCUUCAUCAGUAAUUACACUGUAGGGAAGUGUUGCCUAGUGACAGCCCUUGUGUGUAAGGUGGGUCUACUUUAGAAGAGGACAKAGCUUGUACAGAACACAUUUUGUUUGUAUCCAUCUGGCCACAGGAUUAGCCUUCCAUUUUCUGAUUGGAUUUGUUUUCUUGCCACUCUUUCUCUCUAGACUAUGUUUCAUCAGAUUAAUAGUACCUGUGUAGUAUUACUACAUCAGAUGAAGAGUACGGUACCUGUGUAAUACUAUGUCAGUACUACAUCACAUAUAUAAAACCUUUGUAGUAGCACCUGUUUUGAUUGUCCUUUUCAGUGUCAGGGUGAACCUAUAUAAGGCUGCUAUAUCGGCCAUCUUCGUGCCUAGUUCUAUUACGACUCCUAUCUGUCGCUGCUUCUCGUGAUGUUGUGCUGCAUUCUCCUGCUGCUCCUGAUGCACAAAUACUCAAAUAUGAACUCAGUGGCAACAAGUACACUCUUAGUAGAUGGGAUCUAGAUCCUACAUUUAUAAAUGAGUUGUAUUCAUGAAAAGCCUAGUGGGCUAUAAGUUUGAUAGCCCCUAGCCUAGUGGCAUAACACAUUAACAUUUAGUAAUGCACCUGCAAUGUGCACCAACACAUGAAUGCUAUGCAGUAAACCUGUUAAGAUGUUCUCACGUCUGUUUUAUCUAGGUGCAUUUGGUGGCAGAUGGGUUUUUAGUACAAAGGGUGGAGAAUAUGGCUGUCUUUUCCAUAAAGCAGAAUAUUGGUCACAUUGAAGCAAUAAGUCUGAUACAGUUGAGCCAUGCAAGACCACUCCAUUUGCCUAAAGGCCCAAUGCAGAUGUUUUCUAUAAAUUUUAAAUAAUUUCUGGGUAACAAUUAAGUACCUUACUGUAAGUUAAAAUUCCGUUAAAAUGGGARAAAGUAGCUUUUUAGCAAAUAACUAUUUCUCAAGCAAGAAUGUUCCUAGGACUGUAUGGGACUGGGUUGAGUAGGGAGGAGGAAACUGAAAACUAGCUGUUAUUGCCAGAGUGGUUUGGAACUCUUUUUGUUAUUGGUCUAUUAACCAAUUUACCGCAUGGUGAUAUCACCAUGGAAAGUCGAAAAUCCCGCCCAUGCAAACCUGCUGAUUAGAAGGACCUAUCAGGAAAUAACACUGAUCACAUUUUUUCAUACUUUUACAGUGU